AUGGGUGGUAUUGCAUCAUCAAGACUUGCAACAAUUGGUAUAUCAGCAAUGAAUCGUUAUGGAAUUUUAUUUCUCGGUAUUAUUGGUAUUUGGGGAAAUUUAUUAAAUGUAUAUAUUUUUAGUCGACCACAUCUUCGUCGAAAUACUUGUGUUUUAUGUUUAUUAAUAUCAAGUUUUUUAAAUUUAAUAAUACUUAUCUUCGGUGUUUUUUUACGAUGUUUAAUGGGUUACAAUAUUGAUUUAACAUAUAAUGCAUCCAUAUUUUGUCCAAUGCGUUAUUAUCUUAUAUAUGUAUGUCAAUCAGGAUCUCUUUGGUUGAUUGUACUUGCUUGUGUCGAUAGAUAUUUAUCAUCAUCAUUAAAUAUUAUACAUCGACAAUGGAUGAAUCGAAAACGAACUAAUCGUAUUAUAUUAUUUAUAUUAAUAUUUAGUUUAUUAUGUUAUGUAGAAGUUUUUUAUUGUUUUGAAGCAUCUUUUAUAACUAAUGGAUAUUGUAAAACUAAAGAUAAAUAUUGUUCAUAUAUUGAUACAGCUAGUUAUUUAAUAUUCAAUAGUUUUUUGCCAUCAAGUUUAAUGUUAGGUUUUGGUGCUGGUAUGUUAAUAAAUAUAAAACGAAGUUAUCAGCGUAUUGGACAACUUCCAUCAUAUAUUGGAUCAAUAAAUAAAAUCAAUCGACGUGAUAAACAACUUAUAUCCAUGUUAUUACUUCAAGUAGCUUUAAUUGGUAUAUGUAUGUUUCCUAUUAGUAUUAUCAAAUUUUAUCUAUCGAUAACAAUUUCGAUCGAAAAAGCAAAUGAACAAAUUUAUAAUGAAUACUUUGCAUAUCAACUUUCAGUUGCUAUUUCAUAUAUUAAUCCAAGUGGAAUGUUUUUUGUACAUACAUUACGUGGAAAACUUUUUCGUACUGAACUUAUUCGACUUUUUAAUCGUUUAAAAUAUCAUAGUCAUCGAAAUUUAUUGUGUCGACGAAUAUCACAAAUAAUGUGGGCUCAUCCUAUCAAUCGUUUUUGA